AUGUCUGAGGGAGAAGGUAGCUCAUCCGUGGUUGCUGACAGGCCGUACUCGAAGGCCGCGUACGUCGAGGAGCUUGCCAUUCCUCACUAUAUGACCUUAGAUGAGAAGACUCCUGCUGUUCAACAGAUCAGAACUCUGUAUGAUGUCAAAGAUUGGAGAUUCACACGUUGGCAUCUGGCAUUAUUCUAUUUCCUCAAAAGAGGAUUUGGAGAUCCUGAAGCAGCUCGCGAGUACGGUGACGCCGCCGAGCUCUUUGGCACUCUUUGUACGUACUAUUCAGCCCUGUCUCACGUGCGAUCUUGA